UGAUAAUUUAAAAAUCGUAAUUCUUUAUCUAAAAUAUUUAAAUUGAUUUUGCGCUAAUAAAACUUAUCGUUUCAGAACGUAUCUUAAAAGUGACUGUCAAUGUAAAAAUUGAUUGUCAUAUUUUGUUUUCGUAAUUUGGUUGUCAAUUUCGUUUGUUUUGAUUUUGUUGUUUGUUAUUUUCCAAGUUAUUUCAUUUUAUUUGGAUAUUGCGUUGUAAUUAAAAAAUAGUUAUUUUGUUAAACAAUGGAAACCAGUCGUUCAUCGUUGGAUGCAGGCGAUAGAAAUCGCAUUGGGCGUGAUUAUGCUUUUGCCCGCAUAGAAAUGAUGGAGGGCACCGAUUUAAUUGGUUAUAGUUUACAGGAUGUAAAGGAUAUUGAGGAUGAUUUCCAUAAGUCACAGUUGGAACUAUUAACAUCGUUGUCCGGGAGUGAUACAUCCAGUGAAUUAAAAUUGUCAUUUCGUUUUGAGCAAAUAGUAAAAUCAAUAAAACAUCGUUUGAAAAAUAUAGAACAGAAACCUGUUAUAUCGUCUAGUGGUAGUAGUAAUAUGAAAUUACCCAGAAUUAUUAUAAAACCCUUUGACAGCCGUAUUGAAAAUUGGGUCUCUUUUAUUCAGUUGUUCGACUCACUAAUUCACUCUAAAGAGAUAGCACCAGUAGAAAAACUUCAUUACUUAUUGUCAAAUGUUCAAGUAAUUGAUAUACACAAGUUUGAUGGCAGUAUCUUGGUCAAGAAAAUCAAUGAUGACGUGUCCGAUUUUGAUAAAAAAUCCGGAGGUAAUGAUGUUGACGAAUUGUACGGGAGCUGUAGUGAUGGUGACGUUAAGGAAUCACCAGAACCGAUAAAGGAAGAGAAUAUGGAUUCGAACAGUUUAAUAAGCGAACAGUUCUCGAAAAUCCACUCCCAGAUAGAAAGAGACAAAGACACAAUGCACAUUGAUAAAGGAAAAGGACAAGGGACAAAAGAAGUGUAUUACGAAGUGACAGACGAUUUCAAGUGUAAGAUAUGUUCAACGGCGUUACCGAACGCUUACGUCUUCCAUUUGCAUAUGAAUGAACAUUUUCCGAACCACAUAUGCGAGUUAUGCGGGAAAGGUUUCCUAACUGAGAAAAGGCUGAAACGACAUAUGCCCUCGCACAAGAAAGGGCCUUUUAAAUGUGAGGAGUGCAAUGCGGAGUUCACCAACAUCAACUCACUGGGCUCGCACAGGCAGCGCAAGCACGGGCCGGGCCCGCUGUACCGCUGCCCGCAGUGCCCCGAGCGGUUCGCGACGCUGUCGCGGCGAGCGGCACACCGCGCCGCCGCGCACGCCGCGCCGCCGCCCGCCCGCCAGUGCCGCGCCUGCGGACGACGCUUCCUGCUGGCCGGCAACCUCAAUGCCCACAUGAGGAACAAACAUCUGAAAGUGAAACGCUACUUCUGCACGGAGUGCGACGCGGGCUUCUUUUACAAGCAGGAGCUCACCGCGCACGUGGCCUCGCACACCGGCCUCAAGCUGUACCAGUGUACCGUCUGCCCCAAGAGAUAUCCUCGUAAGAAAGCGCUGAAAGUUCAUAUGCGGAUACAUACCGGCGAGAGGCUGUUCUCGUGUGACGCUUGCGGCAAGAGCUUCACACAAAAAUGCACCUUAAUGUCACACGUGAAGACUCACAAUAGAAAGGAAGCCAAGCAGAAAAACAAAAACGCGCCAAAAUAGAACUGUUUAGUAAUCCACUCUAUAACAUGGUCGAUUCGUUCCGCUUUCUAGGAGUAUUCUCGUAUAACGCGUUUGUACGAGCCCGUAUAACGUGUUUGUACGAGCCCGUAUAACGCACUUGUAAGAGCCCGUAUAACGCGCUUGUACGACCUCGUAUAAUGCACUUGUACGACACAACAUAGGAAAUCCUAGUGUACAGUCUAGGUGAUUUUUUUUGUCAAGAUCUACUUAUCUUUUUUAUAUUGUUUAUUUUUUUUUUAUUUUUGUGAGAGUACCUUAAAAUAAGAAAGAAAGAAAUUAAGAAAAAUAUUUUAUUCAGUGCAGUGUAAAAAAUACAAUAUAAACAACAAACGAGAAAAAAAAAUGAGCAAAUAAAAUGUACAUAUAAUUAAACUUAAUUUACCAUAAUUAAAAAUAAACAUAAAAUAAUCAUUUUUACAUCCAAAAAUGCACUGAAAUGGCUCCACUCAGCUUUAAUGUAUGUCCUAGGUGAACAUACAGCUGGUUUUCAGUGGCACCAAAAAUAUAUAUAUAAAAGGGGGGGAGAGAGAGGGCACUAUUUAUAAUAUUCAUGAUAAUAAUUAAAACAAAAUUACAACUAAUAAACACAAACCAAUUACAUAUACUAGAAAGAACAAAAUAGAAUAAAAUAACAUUAAUAAAUAUAAACAUUAAACAUAUAUAUACAACUACUUUGCCGUAAGAUUUAUAGGUUAAAUAGUACAUAGAUAAUUCUUGUAUAGUUUUUUAAAGGAAUCUUGUAACAUAUAAAUAAAUAUUGUUAAGAAAUCUGUCUUUUUUUCUACGCCAUGUUGUUUUAUUUGUCCAGCUCCUUGGUAGGGACCCCACAUAUAAUAUAUUUUAAUAUAUAUUUAAUACACAAUCGUAGUGAUAGCCAGAGGAUAGCCAUUGUCGUAUACUACUUUUGUUUGCAGAUUUUGUCACAGUGAGGAAGAAACGCCGCAGCACUAAAUGUAUUUCUGUAACCCACACAUACAUAAACGAUAUAUUUCCUUUGGAAAAUACACUCUGUAAGCUGAGGGAAGACUAGACCAGAGGGAGACUACAAAAUUAAUUUGCUUGGUCACCUUUGUCCCAUUCGUGUUUCAACCGUGAAACAGUUGUUUGCAUGGCUGUAUUUCAGUUUGAAGGAUGGGAUACAACAGUGAAUUUACAGGGUACAGAGGAAU